UUUGGGGGUUGCAAGUUGGAGGGAUGGAGGGCAUCGAGGACGGUCUGGAGGAGGAGCUGGGCGUGUCCCUGGAGGAGCUGCGCCGCUGGAUCCAGGAGGAGGUGGAGCGCAGUGAGGUGGUGAGGCAGAGGAAGGCUCAGCUGGCCGAGCUGCAGGGCUGGGUGGAGCAGAGGGAGAAGGAGGUCGCCACUGUGGAGCUUCUCUUCAGCAAUGCCUCCGAGUCCGUUGUGGAGUGCGAGAGCCUGGUGAAAGACGUGUAUAGUAAAAUGGGGCUGGUGUACAAGGACAGCAGCUCAGAGGAUGAGGGCGGGGUUCAAGGCGCGCAGUCUUCUGAAAUCAUCGAGAUCGACGACGACGACGACGACGAUGACGUCAUCGCUGUAGGAUGCGUGGUUCCCCCAAAGAAGGUCACGACUCCAGUCAAGGAUCCUGCAUUCAGCGAGGCGUCAGCAGCGCUCCAGAGGUCCUCGCAGCAGGUGCAGAAACUCGCUCAGGCAGUGAACAGGACGACCCCGAAUGUCACCCCCACCAAGCCACCUCCUCCUCCCAUCGUGCGCAGAGAAUCGAGCGGUCAGUCGCUGUCCAUGCCAGCCGUGUUUGUGUCCCAGGCUCCGCGCAACACCCCCACCCAGCCCAACCCUGCCCUCAAGGAGGACGCCCUCCAUCUGGACAUGAGCAUCCUGGGCAAGAAGAGGACCAAGACCUGGCACCGCGGCACUCUUAUAGCCAUCACCCCCGUCGGCUCUGGCUUCAAGUACAAGGUGAAGUUUGAGAACAAGGGGAAGAGCCUGCUGUCGGGGAACCACGUGGCCUUCGACUACCACCCCACCCUGGAGCGCCUGUACGUGGGGGCGCGCGUGGUCGCCAAGUACAAGGACGGCAACCAGGUCUGGCUGUACGCCGGAAUCGUGGCCGAGAUGCCCAACAGCAAGAACCGCAUGAGGUUCCUGAUCUUUUUCGAUGACGGUUACGCCUCCUACGUCAGCCUGCCAGAGCUCUACCCUGUCUGCAGACCCUUGAAGAAGACGUGGGAGGACAUCGAGGACGCGUCCUGCAGGGACUUCAUUGAGGAGUACAUCACGGCCUACCCCAACAGGCCCAUGGUGCUGCUGAAGGCCGGCCAGCUCAUUAAGACCGAGUGGGAGGGCACCUGGUGGAAGAGCCGCGUGGAGGAGGUGGACGGCAGCCUGGUCAAGAUCCUCUUCCUGGACGAUAAGCGCAGCGAGUGGAUCUACCGCGGCUCGACGCGCCUGGAGCCCAUGUUCAACCUGAAGAUGAACUCCGCCAACCUGGACAAGAAGCUGCCCGGCCAGCAGAGGACGCGCCCCAACAUGGGAGCGGUACGGACCAAAGGGCCCGUGGUCCAGUACACUAACGAGAACAGCAACGCUGGAGCCAACAAGCCCCAGGUCACGUCCCCGAUAGUGCGCCCCCCGGUGGCUCACGUCCCCGCGCAGCCCACCCGCACCGAGAGCCCUGACAGCUUGGCUCGGUCCAAACAGCAAGUAGCCAAAAAGAGCACGUCCCCGUUUGUGCCCCCCUAUGUUCCUCCUCGUCCCGGAGCCCCCAGUGAAGCCCUGCCGAGCGCCCCCAAGCCCCCGCAGCCCCACCCCACCUCCGCCGCCAUCGUCCCCAGCAACCCCUCCAGGAUCUUUGUCCUGCAGUCGGGGCCCCUGCCGGGCCUGCCCCCACAGCCCGGCCCGCAGUCCCUGGUCUCCAUCGUGCCACAGCAGCCGUUCCCCUCGGACCGAAUCCCCCACGAGCCCUCCUACCAGGCGCCCAACGAGCGGCUCUUCUACAUGACCCACACCUGCUCCCCCGCCUGCCUCAACCGCAUCCGGCCGGCCCGGCUGGACCAGUACCGCGGCCGCAACCCGCUGCUCGCGCCCCUGCUCUACGAGUUCCGCCGCAUGACCGGCCGCCGCCGCAUCAACCGCAAGAUGUCCUUCCACGUGAUCUACAAGUCCCCGUGUGGGCUGUGCCUGCGGAGCAUGGGCGAGAUCCAGCGCUACCUGUUCCAGACGCACUGCGACUUCAUCUUCCUGGAGAUGUUCUGCCUGGACCCCUACGUGCUGGUGGACCGGCGCUUCCAGCCCCAGAAGCCCUUCUACUUCAUCCGGGACAUCACGGACGGGCGCGAGGACAUCCCCCUGUCCUGCGUCAACGAGAUCGACAUGACGCCCCCGCCCAACGUGGCCUACAGCAAGGAGCGCAUCCCGGCCGACGGGGUCUACAUCAACACCAGCCCCGACUUCCUGGUGGGCUGCGACUGCACCGACGGCUGCAGGGACAAGUCUAAGUGCUCCUGUCACCAGCUGACCCUUCAGGCCACUGCCUGCACCCCGGGGGCUCAGAUCAACCCCAACGCUGGCUACACUCAGAAGAGACUGGAGGAGUGCCUGCCAACCGGGAUAUAUGAAUGUAACAAGCGGUGUCGCUGUAACCCCCAGAUGUGCAUUAACAGGCUGGUGCAGCACGGUUUGCAGGUGCGCCUGCAGCUCUUCAAGACCCAGAACAAGGGCUGGGGCAUCCGUUGCCUGGACGACGUGGCCAAAGGCUCCUUUGUCUGCAUCUAUGCCGGUAAAAUCUUGACCGACGACUUUGCGGACAAGGAGGGUCUGGAGAUGGGCGACGAGUACUUUGCCAACCUGGACCACAUCGAGAGCGUGGAGAACUUCAAGGAGGGCUACGAGAGCGAGGCGCACUGCUCCGACAGCGACGGCAGCGGCGUGGACAUGAGCCGCGUGAAGAGCGCCGCCGUGUCCGCCCUGAGCCGGAGCGUCCGCAAGGCCGAGGAGGACACCAACAGCGGCACAGGCGGCAGAGGCCAGGGCUCCUCCGGAGAGGGAGAGGACGACGACGACGACGACGAAGAGUCCAACGACGAGGAGGACGACGACAGCUCGGACGACAACUUCGUGAAGGACACGUACUACAGCUCGAGCUCCGUGUGGCGGAGCUACACCACCCGCAGGCAGGCCAAGGGGCUGAAGGAGGGGAGCCAGGACAGUAAGGAUGGGCUGAGUGGGUCGGCCAGGGGGCCGGAGGACACCAAGCCGCCCCCCAUGCCUGAGGAGACCGGCAAGAGCAAGGUGGCCUCCUGGCUGACCAGCCAAUCCCCCGCCUCGCAGCCCAUGGUCAAACUGGAGGGGCUGAAAACCGAGAAGAAGGAACCUGUGGAACAGAAAGGCCUAUCGGGCUCGGGCAGCGCCCCCCCAGGGAAGACGGAGGGAGGGAAGCGGCCCCCUGGAGGAAACGCGGAUGUUAUGACCCUCUCUGACAGUGACGAUGUUCAGACCAUCAGCUCCGGAUCAGAGGAUAACAAGGAGAGGGAGAGACAGGCUCAGGGUCCAGUGAAGAGGCAGGUGGCGGUCAAGUCCACCCGCGGCUUCGCCCUCAAGUCCACGCACGGCCUGGUGGUGAAGACGGGCGGGGUGGGAGGGGGCGGGGCCGGUGGGACGGGAGGCUCGGCGGGACCUGGGGGCCCCUCGCCGGAAAGCGGCCCCGUCUGGAAGAACACCAGGCAGUUUUUCGACGGCGAGGAGUCCUGUUACAUCAUCGACGCCAAGCUGGAGGGUAACCUGGGGCGCUAUCUGAACCAUAGCUGCAGCCCCAACCUGUUUGUGCAGAACGUCUUUGUGGACACGCAUGACCUGCGCUUCCCCUGGGUGGCCUUCUUCGCCAGCAAGCGGAUCCGGGCUGGCACGGAGCUCACCUGGGACUACAACUACGAGUGGGGAGCUGGAGGAAGGAUGCUUGUGACUGUGGUCUACGAGUCCCGGACGGCUGCAUUAAACGCGGCUCCUAAGCACACCUUGCACGUCCUCCUCCUCCUCUGCGUUCUCUGUUAUACCUCCUGA